CCUGCGGGACCGAACUUUCGUUUAAACUUAUUAUUGCCUCUCCCCUCCAGAUACUCCUCUCCUCAAUCUCCUUUCAGAAGACUACAAACGAAACACUUUGACAGUCGCCACCAUGAGUACUACCGCCACAAUCACGCAGGCUCCCACUAUCACGGCGGAAAACGUCCAACGCCUCUUCCCAGAAGUCAAUACAGCGAUCAUUGGCGGAUCGCACAACUCCGCCCGCAAUGACAACGACAUGGAGGGGUACGAUGAGGAGCAGAUCAAGUUGAUGGAUGAGGUCUGCAUUGUCCUUGACGAGGACGACAUCCCCAUUGGCAGCGCAAGCAAGAAAGUUUGCCACUUGAUGGAGAACAUCGAUCGAGGAUUGCUCCACCGCGCAUUCUCCGUUUUCCUCUUCGACUCUCAGAACCGCCUCCUCCUACAACAGCGCGCCACCGAGAAGAUCACCUUCCCCGAUAUGUGGACCAACACCUGCUGCUCCCACCCUCUAGGUAUUCCCGGAGAGACUGGCGUUGGGCUUGAUUCCUCCGUACAAGGUGUUCGACGCGCCGCAGUGCGCAAACUGGAUCAGGAAUUGGGUAUCAAGGCCGAGCAAGUCCCAAUUGACGAUUUCAAGUUCCUCACGAGGAUACACUACAAGUCUCCCAGUGACGGCAAGUGGGGCGAGCACGAGAUCGACUACAUUCUGUUCAUCAAGGCUGAUGUCGACACCGACAUCAACCCUAACGAGGUUCGAGACUCGCGUUUCGUUUCUCAGGAGGAUUUGAGGACCAUGUUCCAGGACAAGUCAUUGAAAUUCACACCGUGGUUCAAACUCAUUUGCGAGAGCAUGCUGUAUGAGUGGUGGGACCAUCUUGACUCUGGUCUGGAGAAGUACUUGGGCGAGAAGGAGAUCCGCCGAAUGUAGUGUCAGAGCGCGCGGGCUGACAGAGGGGAUUACGAGUAAUGGACCGAAAACUUGCAUAAAGGAAACAGUGCCAUUGGUGCGCUGCUGAGAGUCUGAGACACAUCCGAACGGUCUGCAGGACCUGAUUUCAAUAGAUACCAUACGAGUACGGCGAAAAUGAUACAAACUACACACCCUGACAAA